CGACCUGCUGCUGGGCCAGGACCUGGAGUUCGACGACAGCAGCGACCGCAUCAUGGGCUUCGAGAAGGACUCGGAAGAAGCUCAGGAAAUUCCAGGCGAGCGCGUCGGGGGAGGCAGGAGACGAGCGCGCCAGGGUCCCUCGGGCACCCAGGGCUCUGCCCCCCCGCCCCGUGCCGCUGUCGGGGCGUCUGGUGAGGGCCCCGGUGCAGCCGGCUCUGGCCCACUUCCCCCCAGCAGCGUGGCGGGGGGCAAGGGAGGCAGGGCUGGGAGGGACGUGGGGGAGGCAGCUUCCGAGGCAGUGGCUGGGAUGGAGCUGAGACCGGUGCUGUCAGCAUCUGCCCUGGGGUUUUCUCCCCAGCGCGUGGCCUGCUGGGGCCCGUAUUCCCCGCCCAGCUCCGGGGCGAGAAGCCCCAGCACCACGCGUCUGCCUCUGGCAUUUGUCUCGGUGCUGCCUGCCUGCACCUCGAGGCCCCGUGUACGGAGGGGCCACAGGAGCAGACUCGCUGGUGGGGAAGAUCGCCAUGCCAGCCUACUCGCUAAGUGACGAUGAUUAUUCCUCGGGCUAUCAGCCACUGAGCGUGGAGAGUGAGGCUGAGGAGGGCGAUGCGGAUGGGGGGCCGCCGGGCACCGGCCUGGGGCAGAGCUGCCUGCAGUGUGCGGCAGGUGCGGACGCAGCAGUGGGCCGGGGCCAGCGUGUGGUCUACUCCUGCCAGCUCUGCCCCUUUGCCUCGCACUACUCAAGCCACCUGAAGCGCCACAUGAAGACUCACAACGGGGAGAAGCCGUUCCAGUGCCCACAGUGCGACUACGCUUCAGCUCAGCUGGUGAACCUGACGCGGCACCUGCGCACGCACACGGGCGAGAAGCCCUACCACUGCGGGGGCUGCGGCUUCACCUGCAGCAGCCUGGGCAACCUCAAGCGCCAUGAGCGCAUCCACAGCCAAGACAAGCCCUUCCGCUGCGGCGCCUGCGCCUACCGCUGCAACCAGAGCCGGAACCUCAAGAGACACAUGCUCAGCCACCGCCCACCCGAGGGGGCAACGCGCCCACACAACCAGCCCCAAGGCACUACUGUGCUUGGUCCCGCAGAGCCGCUGCUGCCGGAGCUGAGCCUGCAUGGGGCGGGCGCGGGUGCCCCCUUCCUGCCUGGCUGCGCCCGGCUGCGGGGGGCCGAGGCGGGCACGCUGCCUGAGCUGCUCUUCCCCUUCACGUGCCGGGCCUGCGGGCUGGUGCUAGACGACGGGCUGGCGCCGGAUGAGGGGCUGGCUGAGCCGACCUGUGCCCGCUGCAGCCUGGCAGCGCUGGAUGCUGAGCCAGGCACUGGCCCCCGCCCCGGCACAGCCAAGGGUUUCGCCUGCAGCCUGUGCCCCUUCGUGACCCACUACCCCAACCACCUGGCACGGCACAUGAAGACGCACAGCGGGGAGAAGCCGUUCGCCUGCCCACUCUGCCCCUAUGCCUCAGCCCACCUGGACAACCUCAAGCGGCACCAGCGCGUGCACACAGGCGAGAAGCCCUACAAGUGCGCACUGUGCGACUAUGCCUGCGGCAACCUGGCCAACCUCAAGCGCCACGGCCGCAUCCAUUCUGGGGACAAGCCCUUCCGCUGCGGCCUCUGCAGCUACAGCUGCAACCAGAGCAUGAACCUCAAGCGCCAUAUGCUGCGUCACACGGGCGAGAAGCCCUUCCAGUGCCGUGACUGCCCCUACACCACUGGCCACUGGGACAACUACAAGCGCCACCAGAAGAUCCACGGCCACGCUGCCGACGCCUGGGUCAACCCCCGCAGCACCAAGGCCCUGCUCACCCCGCCACCUGCGGGUGCCCCCCUCCCCUAGGGUGGCCUGCAGCCAGGCCAGGCGCUGCCACACGGCCACCCGGGAACUCUGCUGCCUGCUGGGGCCGAGGCAGUCUGGGUCUGGCCCAGUCUGCUGGGAGCAGAGUGGGGGCCAGCCUUCCCCUGGAGACACUUGCUCUGGGACCAGGCCAGAAGGACAGACAGCUGAGCUGCGAGGCCUCAGGUUGGAGGGGGGCUCUGUGGACUGAGCAGGACCCAGUCACAUGGCAGGCCCUGCCCUGCAGCCCCUCCUGGUGGGGGGAGAGCAGGAGCAGGUCCUGUCACCACCAACCCCCUGCCAUCCCUCCAGGGCCUAAGGCCAAGGACACAGGGCUUACACCCUUGCCUGCCCCCCACCAGGGAAACUCAUCUGGAGGUAGGGGCUGCAGCUCAGGGCAGCCAUGGACCUCAUGGGACAGGUCCGACCUCCCUCUCCCAGCUGGCACUUGCCCCUGAGCUGCGGUUGCCACUCAAUUCUGUGUAAUUUAUAUUGUGUAUGAAAGCAUUAAACUGUCAGUUUCGUUA